UACUCAUAGUUGUCAUGAAAGAGAUUUCAGAGUAAAAAAGUCCUUGAGAGCAUGACACACGUCACACACCAACUAACAUUCUUCAAUGGAGUGGAUAAGGUUCUUUGAGAUAUUUUCUCCACCUGGGAAGAAUGGUUCAACGAAAAAUAUCCACUCCCACUCUAUAUCCCUAAUUGUUUCCAUUCCGAUCUUGUGUAAAUCAUAGUGGAAGGUAAGAGAGAGAGAGAGAGAGAGAGAGAGAGAGAGAUGGCGUGCUGUGGGAGGCCAAGCAGGAGUGACGCUCAUCUCUCCAAGGAAGAAGAGGAGAAGGCUGAGGAAGAAACCAGAGACUACUUUGAUGGCUUGGCGCCCAAACGCCACUCCAAGCCUCAGAGGAGCGAGUACUCGGCCAGUUAUGUCGAUGGCGUGCCCUCCUCUAAUGGUGUUAUCCCUGAACAAGUUGUGUUUCAGCAACUUGAACAUGAUUCUCAGAAACUGGUCUACAAUGGAAGUGAGGUGAGGGAAGAGUUUGUGGAAACAGAAUACUACAAAGAUCUCAAUUGCGUUGACAAGCACCACCACACUACCGGGACAGGGUUCAUCAAAGUGGAGAAUGAAAAUGGCAUGAGCUUCAACCUAGCUCCUGAUGCUGCUACAGACUGUCACGGCCCUUGUCACGGAAAUCCGGCGACUAACGACUGGAUUCCGGCGGCUAAUGACAUGGUUGCAUUUGCCUCUGACAAGCCGAAGAGGAGCGACAAUUAGAAUUGAGGGAUACGAAGUGAAUGAUGUUAUCUUAAAACCAGCAGCUGUGUUGUUCAGUUUCUCUGUGUUUCAUCUGGACUUGAUGUGGGAUGUGUUUCCAUGGAGUUGUAGGCUGUGUUCUUAUGUGCUGUUUUCUUGUUCUCCCCUCAAGAUGUACUGGGCAUGCGAUGAAUAUAAUAAAAGUAAUUUUUUUUUACAUA